GCAUAUCUUUCUUCUAUAAAUUCCAAGAUCUCCUUUACAUCGGAUCUCUGGACAUCACCUAACAAUAAAGCCUUCAUUUCAGUUACAGCUCACUAUAUAGACGACAACUGGACUCUCAAAGAAAUAUUAGUCAAUUUUGUUUGUUGA